CACGUCGAAUUAUCCAGAACGAUUUACGGCUCUGUUGACAACUGCGGCUUCCCUCCUCUGUAUUAAACGUCCGGUGUGUUUCAAGUUAUGGUUUAGUUUUUCUGCCGAAGCUGUCGUUAAAUGAGCGUUUUUGACUUAUUUCGCGGGUUCUUUGGAGUCCCUGGAGGCCAGUAUCGUGGCCGAAGGGACCCCUUCUUUGAUGCCAUGACGCAUGACGAUGAUGACGACGAUGAGGAUGAAGACGGGUUCCACUAUGACGGCUUCAGGGGGGACCAGCAGGACCCCUUUGACAGCGCCUGGAGGUUUGGCUUCAGUUUUGGCCCAGAUGGGAUGAGGAUCCAGGAGCCUCCGGUGUUUGGCCAUGUCUUCAGGGAGAUGGAGGAGAUCUUCUCCCAGCUGGGCCACUGGGACGAACAGCAGGAGUCUGGACGCUUUGGUGUUCCCAGCAUCAUGCCGCCUCCACCUCUGGACAGAGCGGAGGAAGAUGGACGCAGAUCCAGUGGAAACCCCCUGAGAGACUUCAUGCUCAAAUCCCCUGACAGUGACGCCCGACGGCCGACCAGAGAGCCCCGAGGUGACGUCCGGCCUUCAUAUGAGUCACCAGAUGUUCCCAGUUUGCCCUUUCAUGGCUGGACCCCUUUUUCCAAGUUUAAUGAUAUUUGGAGGCAGGGACCACAGAAACAUUCAGACAGUGAGCGCAAAGAAGACAGAGAUCUGGACUCAGCAGUGUCCUCUGGUGGCCUGGAUCAGAUUCUGACUCCACCUGCUGGUCAGACACCGAGCCAGCCCAGAAUCCGAUCCUUCUUCCAGUCGGUCACCGUGACAAAAGUGGUGAAACCGGAUGGGAGUGUAGAGGAGAGGCGUACGGUCAGAGACGGUCAGGGCAACGAGGAAACCACAGUGACUCGCUCAGGAGGUUCUGGGAUCCUGGAGGGACCAGAGCAUCACACUGGACCAGCGCUACCAGGUGACCAGCACCGCUUCUCAGACAUGCGAGACGAUGACUCCUUAUUCUCCAAGUUCUUUGGCGGCUUUAAAUAAAAUGUGAAGUGAAGUAGACUCUCUGGCAGGUUGACUGUAGCUGUUGUGUUCCUCUAGAGCUGCAUAUUUCUAGGAUGUAUGUGGACAGACAGCUGCAUGAUUUCGAUUUGCCAAAGUGAACAUGUUGAAGCUGGGAUUUUCAAACGACCACGUAGGCUAGAAGCUGCCAAUCCUGAAAAACUAGUGAGUUUGACAGAUCGAGACACAUCAGACACUAAACAGGUCCCAGUGAAAUAUUUUAUUUUUGUAUUUUCUUGUUAGACAAGCCUGUAUGGAUGUGAGUGAAUGAUGAACCAAAUAAAUACGUAAUAUAUUUA